CUUCUACACCAUUACAGGUAGGCUUAGCGGGAAAAUGCAAAGUACGGUACCCGUUAGUGAGCCCAUCAUCUCGUCUUUUCGUAUCCUCUUAUCCUUCUUUCAUCCCAUUCUUUCCCAUCCUCUCGCUCUCGAUGAACUGACAACCUUUCUCAUCGUUCAAUCCGUCGUUCGCUUUAAUACUGCUACCUAGCUACUAACAACAUUCGCUUAGUCUGAUAAUAAUUGCCCCCGCCUAAAUACGUUAUUGAGGGAAUCCGAGUUUGCUGCAUUUUGGUUUUUUGUCCUGUUUUCCUCGGCAUCCACACCUCGUAUCAACAACAACGGGAGGAAAAUAGGGGGAUCUAGUUAACGAAGCGGGAGCGGGCCAACGAGCAACAACUUUUACGCCCACGAUAAAUUCUAAAGAAACGAAAUAAUUACUAUUGUUGGAUUUCGAGUGUUUAUUUAUUUGCGGCGUUCUGUUCCCUGCAGCUUCGUCGGAAUCAAUCGACUAUUUAAACGUCUAUCGGCAUUCCAUCAUUUGAAACAAGAUGAAAGGAGCACAAAGCCUGGGUCAAUUUUUGACCAUUGCCCUCGCUUUAACCCCUCUAACAUCGGCGUGGCCUGAAUGGCUUCCGGAUGUAGAUUCGCUCGUAGUUCGGGCAGACGACGGCACAUCGUCAGCCGAACCCACACCAACUGCCACUAAAGCUGACGAUAAAGAUAAUUCAUCGGACGAUUCAAAAACCAUAACAAGCGAUGUUAAGACGACUACUGCUGCCGACUCCGACGAGCCUCAGACUACAAACCUUAAUACGGCCGUAGUAACCACAAAAACUGGAGGUCAUGGCAAUAGUACUGCUUCCCCCACACACCAAACGUUCGACCCGCAGGAUGGAGCUGGUGGUGUCGCUAUGAUUACGCCGGCCACUACUGCGGGAACAACGCUUUACAGAAUCGGAGACCCGACACCAAUCACUUGGGUUUGGAACUACACCUCCCUGCAAGGCACACCCACCGCUAUUGAUGUUCUAGUGUCAUGCUCCACGGCCUCCGCCACAUGGACCCUGACUCAGAACAUGACCUUCGAGCCGACCGCAACCUUCACCUGGGACACCGAGAAAUACUCAGAGAGCGCUGUCGCUAGCCCCCUGCUAGUCGCGCAGUACACUCUGCUAAUCUACGACUCGGACUCGUCUGCCGAUGCGACCGCUGAAGCCGGGUACCUGGCACCAUUCGACGGCUUCCAGUUCGGUUUGUACACGUCCCGACCGUACCAGGACCUCGGAGAGUGGAAGUGCGCAACCUGCAGCGGCGCAUUAGGAGAUCUCGACCGCCAGGCCCUAGGUUUCGCGAUAACUAUGAGCAUCAUCACCGUAUUUAGUUUCACGUGGUACGUGACAGGAUUCGCCGCGAUGCUAUAGUCAUUCCUACUACAACCUAUGCGUAGGCGUAGUAGCACAUGGGGAGAUAGUAUAUCUCUGACUGCACAUAUUUCGGAAAUAAGGGACAGCAUCUUAAUGGAGAAGUUCUCGAUACGGUAGUUAAUCUAUCUAUCUAUCUGGGUUUAAGGAUACAUCAUCAUCAUCAUCAUGUAGUGGCGUUUUUGUUGAAAUGAAUUGCAAGGGCCGAAAGGGGGGGGAACUUCCGGCGUGGAUUCGGAAAUGGCGAAGAUCUAUCAUUUACAUAGAAAUCUACGGCAUCGGAAGGGUUAUUUAUAUAUCGCUAUAUAGCUCUUAAUGAUUACACACCUAGUCAGGUUGCUUAA